CACGUGACUCUACUGAAACAUGGCGGCUGAAACAGUUGGAAAGGUAAUUGAAUGUAAAGCAGCUGUUGCUUGGGAAGCUGGGAAACCUUUGACAAUUGAGACUGUGGAGGUGCAGCCACCUCGUGAAGGAGAGGUGAGGAUCAAGCUCACAGCAACUGGAGUUUGUCACACAGACGCGUACACGUUGGGAGGUUCUGAUCCUGAAGGUCUCUUCCCAUGCAUUCUGGGACAUGAAGGAGGAGGAAUUGUUGAAAGUGUUGGGAAGGGUGUCACAUCUGUACAGCCAGGUGAUCCUGUCAUACCUCUUUAUAUUCCACAGUGCAGAGAAUGUGAAUACUGCAAACAUCCAAAGACAAACUUAUGCAGCAAAAUUAGAUCUACUCAAGGCAAAGGUCAAAUGCCUGAUGGAAGUGUACGAUUCCAUUGCAAGGGAAAACCAUUGUUUCACUUUAUGGGAACUUCCACUUUCUCUGAAUACACUGUAGUGGCCGAAGUGUCAGUCUGCAAGGUCAAUGUUAAAGCUCCUUUAGAGAAGGUUUGUCUGCUUGGUUGUGGCAUAUCUACUGGCUAUGGAGCUGUGCUCAACACAGCGAAGGUUGAGAGUGGAAGCACAGUAGCUGUGUGGGGUAUUGGCUGUGUUGGUCUUGCUGUCAUCAUGGGAUGCAAAGAAGUGGGAGCCAACCGCAUCAUUGCAGUUGAUAUUAACCCAGACAAAGAACCAAUUGCAAAACAAUUUGGAGCAACUGAGUUCGUCAAUCCAAAGACGAUCAACAAGCCAAUACAGCAACAUCUUGUUGAAUUGACUGGUGGUCUUGAUUUCACAUUUGAGUGUGUUGGAAAUGUGCAAACAAUGCGAGCUGCAUUAGAGUCUUGUCAUAAAGGUUGGGGAGUAUCAACCAUCAUUGGAGUGGCAGGAAUAGGACAAGAGAUUAGCACUCGUCCAUUUCAGCUUGUGACUGGUCGAGUGUGGAAGGGCACAGCGUUUGGAGGCUGGAAGAGCCGUGAUGGAGUUCCUCAACUUGUUGAUGAUUAUUUGGAUGGCAAAGUAAAAGUUGAUGAAUUUAUUACUCAUACCUUACCAUUGGCUGAUAUCAACAAGGCAUUUGAUCUGAUGCAUGAAGGGAAAAGCAUCCGUGCAAUAAUACACUUCAAGUGAAUUCAUUCUGCUGUUGAUGUGAUGAUGACUAAUUGAUCAUGAGGUCACAGUUAAUUGUUUCUACUGUUGUGUCACAGCAUUAUAUGUGUUCUGUACUUGCUUGACAGACAGUGAUUGAUGUUGUGUUGUUUGUUUGAUUGUUUUCAAUAAAUACACUUGAAGUUGUGGGA